UUAAACAAAAAUAGGCAGCCAAUAACGUCAGCUGUCAAUAAUUGAAUAAAAACAAAGCAUGAUUAAUUAUGGAAUUAGUUUUUUUCUUCCCAAUCUGGAUAGGCAUAUGAUCGUUUUUAUUAAGAUGAUAAACUAAAACAUGUUUUCUAUUGAAUUUUUCAGCAAGUUAUUGAAUGUGUGAUUUAUCUGCAAGCAUUUUUCUCAUGAAUCGCAGCUUUUAUUGUGUUGAGAUAUUUAUAUUGAUGAUCUUGUAUUAUAUUGGAGGAAAUUCGCCACCUAAAAGUAUCUUCAAAUGUUCUAGAAUUAAGUCAAGAUUGGUACGUUUAAUUAUAAAUAAGAGAGUUUCUCCUGUGCUCAACCGAUACAAGCUCAAUUUUCCUUUAACUUGCCCUUUCCACAAUGAUCGUGAUAUUUUGUGGUGGCCUGAUAUACAGUUUCACUUUCAAGAUGGCCAGUGGAUUUGCCCUUAUUGUGGACAGAUAUUUCCAUCAGAGAUAACACUUACGGAACACUGGGAUUCUGAACAUAUGGAUAAUGAGAUUGAAGAUGCUGUGUGCUUAGCAAAUUUUUGUGACAUAUUUCGAUGUGAAGUUAUUUUAGCAGCAUUGGAAGUAGAAAAGAAUACAUACGCAUGGGAAAAAAUUAGCAAAUUUCAAUAUCCUCUUAAUAGAGCUCCUUGUGAUGAAAAGAAAAUGAGGUCACUUCAAAAAAAGUGCAAAGUUAUAAUGAGACACUGCUUGCUAGGACUUUUGUCUUCACUAUCAACUAAAGAUUUUCAAGAUAUUGAAGGUAAGUAUCGGACACUAAUUUCAUAGUUAAGUCUUUUCUUUGUUAAAAGUUAUCCUCUAU